AUAAAAUACGGUCCUUUUAAAAUAAACUAUAUAAUUUUAGCAUAGUAUUAUUGUAAUAAAUAAAGUAAUGAGUUUUGGACUGCUUUUAAAGUUAUUGGAGUAGUUUGACCUCUAACCCCUUUCAUGGCAGUGCUGUGCCUGACCUCCAGUUCUGACCGGGAGUGCCUGCUCUGAACUCUCUCCACUGGACCUCAAUGGAUAAAAGCCAGCAGCAGCAACAGGAGGACGAUUAUGGCUACGGGCUAUUUCCCGAACACAAAAGUAGCAAAGAGAAGAAAAGCAUGUUGGAGAAAAGCCUCUUUACCUUCAACCACAAAUGUCAGCUGAUGCUGAAGGUGGCUCUGGACACGAGCCCUUUUGCAAAACUACUUAUGGAUGCCAUGAAAAGUUCAGGAUGCACUGUUGAUACAAAUCGUCACUUUUCCUGUGAAGACUGUGAUGGAACAGUCAGUGGAGGCUUUGAUGCUGAAAUAUCGCAGAUCGUCUUAUGCCAGAAUAAUAUCCAUCAGCAACAGCACAUGAACCGGGUGGUGACCCAUGAAUUAAUCCACGCGUUUGAUCACUGUCGUGCGCAUGUAGAUUGGUUCCACAAUAUAAGACAUCUGGCCUGCUCGGAGAUUCGAGCUGCUAAUCUCAGUGGGGAGUGCACAUUUCAGAAUGAACUGAGCAGAUUCAAUUUUGGUCUAAAGCAACAUCAUCAAAAAUGUGUCCGUGAGCGAGCUUGCCGUUCCAUUUUAGCUGUUCGCAAAGUCAGUCAAGAAACUGCAAAGAAAGCUGUUGAUGAUGUUUUUGAUAGCUGUUUUAAUGAUCAUGAACCUUUUGGAAGAAUUCCACACAAUAAAAAGGAUGCAAAGUAUGCCCAUAGGAAUUUUCAGAACAGGAACAGAUUUUAUACAAAUCUUUAAAAAAAAUUCUGGUGUGGUGUCAUUUCAAUUAAUUAUCAACACAAUUAUAAAAUCUGUUGUAACUAGAAUCAUUUAUUGUUUUACAGAUAUUUCAUUUUUCUUGAGCAUGACUUUUUCAAUCAAGUUGUUAAUAAAAUAAACAGAACUCUUGUGCAUGGCUGGACGUAAAUCCUUUUAGAGUUUUUAAUAUAAUAUUCUUUAUUUUUUCAUAAAAUUAUUCCAGUUUGUGGUGGUCAUGUCACAGUUAAACACAAUGACAAUUAUUCGAUUAUUACCAUAAAAAUAUCUGUAAUGUUGUAGAAAGAGUGAUACUGAUUUUAAACCAUUUUCCUUGCUCCAGUUGCCAUUCUAUAUUUACUUGUUUUUGUUAUUAUAAGAUUACUCAUCACAUUAUUAUAUUUCAAAGCAAAGACAUUGGACAAUGAACUGACUUCACAUAUAAUGUGAUCUGUUUCUGUGAAGAGAGGAAAGCUAGUCCAAAACUGAAAAUCCUGAGUGAAUUUAUUUUCAGAGCAUAAAAAGUUAAAAUGGUUAAUGGAAUGUCAUACCAAUUUAGAGAAAAUGACUAUCACACCUCUUUCCUUUGUCUGAUGUCAAAGAUUUGUGUUUUUUAUAUUAAAUCUGUCUGUUUUACUGAAUAUGCAGAAUUAACCUAAUACAUGUGUGAACAAGCAGAUUGCCAAAUAUUGAUUGAAGGUCUUUGUACGGAAAGUUAUAGAUAUGGUUAUGUUUUAUAUGACCAAUAAUAUAUAAGAAGCAGAGGAAUACAAAAACAUCAGUAGACUUAACUGUGAUCUAAUUUCGCAACUGCUAUUACACCUCCUGUACACAUUGCAAAUAUAUACAUAAAAUCUUGUAAUCAUUGCUUAUUCCAUAUGCUAUUACAUUAACUAAUUUAUUACAUUUUAUGAAAGUAAUGAUAGAUUGACAUUGAUGUCACUUUUCUAUAAAUCCAUUUUGUUUUUAUUAUGGGGCAGGCAGGACAGAAUAUUUUUCCUCCCAAUAAAUCACGUCCUCUAACUCCAUUUCUUCAAAUAUGGAAUUCUGUCUUGUUCUCUGGUAAGUUUCUUUUUCCUUCAACUGACACGGGUAGAGGCAAAGAGGCCACGCUCAAUGUAAGUGAAGUAUCUAUGUAAAGUUGUACCGUUACCUGUGUUCACCAAUGGGAUUUAGAUAAAUACGAUGAGGGAAUGCUCCUCCUCAGGAAAAGACUGAAAAUCCUGACUCCUUUUGAGGAUUCAGUUCUACUUAGUCUGAGAUUAGAAAUGCUUUUGUUUCUAGCAGUGGUGGGCGUGCCACUCAUCCCGACUUGCCUCCAUACAUUUGGUUCCUAUAAACUUUAGUGGAUUUGAAUGUGAAGGUGAUCUGAUAUUUUUGUGCUUAACAAGUGAUCAAAAACCAAUGUUUUCCUGUGAUCGUCAUGAAUUGAGCAUAAUAUUACUUCGGUACCAUUUACACCCUCUGACGUCAGCAAUGUUUGUUGCUUGCCUGUUGAAAAUUGUUUUGUGAAGUUUCAUAGAAUUCUGGACCAAAACAUCUAUUGUUAAUAAUAGCUGGUACUGAUGACAGGGUGAUGGGUGUCGGCUGUAAGCAGGUAUUUUUAUAUAUGUGAGAUACAUCACGUAGGAGUGUCUUGGCAGCUUUCAUAUUUAAGGGGGCACCGUGAAGUGAAGUCAGUUUGUUGUUUAGUUACUGAGUUGGCCUGUACUGUUGUGAGAGGCAUCUCCCCAGGAGAGGAAUAAGGAGCAGAAGUGGACCAAAUUAAAAGUUCCUGAAAACUUAAUUUUCUUCCUUCUUGGCUGCAGUGUGUGUGGAAUAAAUGUAAGGUAGAAAAGGAAUAUUACUUUGCUAUGUGGGUCACCAUAUUAGCUCUCAGGAUAUUUUUAGACAUUUUAAUUUUCCUUAUUUCCCAUUUUAGUUAAAAGGCUGACUAUCUGCCCUUUAAUCCUGGAAAGAUCUAUUUAGUGACAUAUUUUGCUAAUGGUCUUAUUAAUACUGAAUAGCCAAGCUUUCAGUAUUCUAUUAAAAGAGAUACUUUAUCUGUUCUGAAAUUCAUUGCCUUUUGUGAUUGAUAUUUGCUUAAUUGUAAAUAAGUCAUGUUUAAGACACUCAGGUUAGAUAUCUCAUCUGUGCUUUAUAUAUGUCUGUUCAAAAGGAGUGUAUGACAUGGUGUUGUACAUCCACACAAUACAAGAGCAGGGAAGUUAUACUGAAACUGGCUAGGCUACAUCCUGAGCAUUGUGCCUAUUUCUGGUUACUGUACUUUAGGAAUGUUGUAGAGGUCCUAUUUAUAUAUUUAGUUUUCAAAUCUGAAAGCAAUCAAGCAAGAUGGAGUUAAUGCAAGAAAAUGGUGUUGGAGGAAAUAUUUGCCAUGAUUUCAUUGAUAGGUGAAGCAGGCACGGGCCCAAACAACUUCCGUUUCUAAUGUUCUUCAUUAAAUCCCUCAUCCCUGAUGUGAUUCCAUUUGAAGAGAUUAAGUGGAAUUGUUCCAGGAAUGAGAAUUUCUGCCAAAAUUGGGAAAGUUGAAGUUGUUUCCUCCAAGCAAAUCAAAGAGCAGUUGAGUGUACUCCCUGAUAGAGAUAUGAAGAGCGUGACAGUUCUAGCUAAAGUAAGAAAAGCUGGUCCUGUUCGAACAGCACACACAAAAUGCUGGAGGAACUCAGCAGGCCACGCAGCGUCCAUGGAAAAGAGUACAGUUAAUGUUUCGGGACGAGACCCUUCAUCAGGACAGAAGAUGGAUAGUGGAUUGGUUCACCAAUAGAAGGCAGAGAGUAGGUAUAAAUGGGUGUUUCUCCAGUUGGUAGUCUGUGGUUAAUGGGGUGCUACAGGGGUUGGUGCUGGGCCCGCAGCUGUUUACUAUUUACAUUGAUGAUUUGGAAGAGGGGACUGAGUGUAGCGUAGCAAAAUUUGCUGAUUACACUAAACUGAGUGGAAAAGCAAAUUGUACAGAGGAUGUGGAGAGUCUGCAGAGGAAUAUAGAUAGGUUAAGUGAGUGGGCCAAUGUCUGGCAGAUGGAAUACAACAUUGGUAAAUGUGAGAUCAUCCACUUUGGAAAGAAUAAUCUAAGAGCAGAUUAUUUUUUAAAUGAUGAAAGGUUGUAGCAUGCCAUUUUGCAGAGGGACUUGGGAGUGCUUGUGCAUGAAUCGCAUAAAGUUGGUUUGCAGGUACAACAGGUUAUUAAGAAGGCAAACGGACUGUUGGCCUUCAUUGCUAGAGGGAUUGAAUUCAACAGCAGGGAGGUCAUGCUGCGACUAUACAGGGUACUAGUGAGGCCGCACCUGGAGUACUGUGUGCAGUUCUGGUCUCCAUACUUGAGGAAGGAUAUACUGGCUUUGGAGGUAGUGCACAGGAGGUUCACCAGGUUGAUUCCAGGGAUAAAGGGGUUAACCUAUGAGGAGAGAUUGAGUCGCCUGGCACUAUGUUCUCUGGAAUUCAGAAGAAUGAAAGGGUCUUUUAUAGGAACAUACAAAAUUUUGAAAGGGAUAGAUAAGAUAGAAGUAGGAAAAUUGUUUCCAUUGGUAGGUGAGACUAGAACUUGGGGAUUUUGCCUCAAGAUUCAGGGGAGAAGAUUUAGGACGGAGAUGAGGAGAAACUGUUUUUCCCAGUGAGUGGUGAAUCUGUGGAAUUCUCUGCCCAGGGAAGCAGUUGAGGCUUCUUCACUAAAUAUAUUUAACAUACAGUUACACACAUCAAAGUUGCUGGUGAACGCAGCAGGCCAGGCAGCAUCUCUAGGAAGAGGUACAGUGGACGUUUCAGGCCGAGACCCUUCGUCAGGACUCAGUUUGUCAGGAUACAGUUAGAUAGCUUUUUACAUAGUAAGGGAAUUAAGGGUUAUGGAAAAAAGGCAGGUAGAUGGAGCUGAGUUUACGGACAGAUCAGCCAUGAUCUUAUUGAAUGGUGGGGCAGGCUCGAUGGGCUGGAUGGCCUACUCCUGCUCCUAUUUCUGAUGUUCUAAGGGUCUCAGCCCGAAGUGUCGACUGUACUCUUUUUCCAUAGAUGCUGCCUGGACUGCUGAGUUCCUCCAGCAUUUUGUGUGUGUUGCUUGGAUUACCAGCAUCUACAGAUUUUCUCUUGUUUGUGAUUGUUCCAGUAGGUGAAUGGUUCAAGAACCAAUUGAUUUGGAGCUUAGAUAAUUAGCUGAUUGUACAGAAAGGAUGUAGAGAAAAAAUAUUUUUUAUAGGUGCAGUGUGUAUGAUCUAGAAUUUACAGUUUGUGUGGUGGGUACUAUCUAGAACUUUGUGCUUGUAAGGCUUGUCAUACAGGGUUUUCAAAAAAUACUUAUGGUCUUCAUGGAAAAUAAUUUCCAUAGCUCUAGGAAAGUUACAGAGGGACAGUACAUAUAAAUCAGUUGCUCUGUAGCAUGCUGGCAUCUGCUUAGUGGAUCAAUUAAGUAGAAUCUGAUAACUCUGGGCCUGUAUUCACUGGAAAAUAAGACCUCCCCCCCCCCCCCCACACACACACACAUACACAAACAUACUGAAUAUUACAAGGUCUAAAUAGAGUGGAAGUGGAGAGGAUGUUUCCAAUAGUGAGAGAAUCUAGGACCUGAGGACACCGCUUUGGAUUAGAAGGAUGUUCAUUUAGAACAAAGAUGAGGAGGAAUUUCUUUGGCUAGAGUUGGUGAAUUGUCUGGUAAGGUGGUGACACACAUGGCCACAGCAGCCUCUCCAGAUCAAGAUAAACCUAUCAUUGUUCAUCCUUUGUCUUUUUUAUGAUUGCAAGACUUUGUUGAACAUUAUGAACUUCAAGUACUGCGGGUCUACCUAUCAGUAAAUUGUUUGAACUGGAGGGGUUACUUGUUGCAGCCGCCCAGGGGAAGAGACAUUGGAGACACUGUGGCAUGGUGGGUGUUCAUUCUGGGUAGGGGUCUGGCCUCUCUCACUGGUGCUGUCUUUCAGUGUUCACUCAGUGGAAGACCAGCUGGGUUGCAUUCAUCUGUGACUGCGCUAGUGUGUGAUGAUUGAAUUGCCUCAGAUGUGUUCUUGCCGACAAUAUCCCAUGCACUAUCAAUCUACAGGAACUUGGGCUAGAUUAUAUUUUUUGUGUGACUGUAUAUUUCCUGCUAUCUUGUAUGUGUUAUAUGUACUUUGUUCUGUGUAUGACUGUUGGUAUUGUGUUUUAUACACCUUGGUCCUAGAAGGAUGUUUCAUUUGGCUGUAUUCAUGGGUAGUUGAAUGACAAUUGAACUUGAACUUUAACUCAUUGCCACAGAUAGCUGUGGAGGCCAAGUCAUCGCGUGUCUUUAAAGUGGAGGUUGUCAGGUACUUAAUUAGUAAUAGUGUCAAAGGUUAUGGGGAAAAGGUAGAAGAAUGGGGUUGAGAGAGAAAAUAAAUCAGCCAUGAUUGAGUGAUAGAACAAAUUUGAUGGGUCAACUGGCAGAAUGCUACUCCAUGUCUUAUGGUCUAAUUAACAUCCCAUGCUCUAGCAGUCCUGAUUUAGUCCUGCCGGAUGGUUAUCAGUUCAUUUGUGCAGGACCAACCAAAAAGGACUAGUUAUAAUAUAUAUUUUUAAAUAUCCAUGAAUUAUUGAGAAAUUCUUGGCAUUGUAAUGCAUAUUGAAAUUAUUCUGGGCAACAAUGUUCAGGUUGUCAAGUGAAUCUAUCAGGAAUGACUGUAAUUCAGCACUAACUAAUGAUUUCAUUGUUCUUUCCUACCAAACAUUACAGAUUCAAAAUUAUUUUACUCCUCUCCAGAUUUUUCCAUAAAAGAUCUCCAUUUUCACAUUAAAAUUUCCUAUGGUUUAUAAUCUUAAAUCAUGUGCUAAGCUCUUCUACUCCACUCUCAUGUUCUUUUGUCGCCUUCUUUCUGGUUUAUUGUCAGGGACAGAGUUUUCAGCAUCUGAUUGGGAACUACUUGUUUCUCCCAUGUUAAAUUGUUUUUUUUCCUAUGUUCAC